AAAAAAACAGAUGUAGACUUGAGGAAGGGACUCGCUGUCAGUCAAUUGGCAGAUAUCGGCCUGGACGAAAUGUGCCGGCCGCCCUUCCUGCACACCCUCGUAAUUCUCAUUGCAAAUCGCCUCCACCUAGGAAAGCUCUUUGUUGCACCAAAGAAAAAGCAUGCAACAAUAUCACCAAUAGCUGUCGGGUAAGCCCUUCUUUAACAUGAGAGUUGGGUGGCACGAAAAGAGGGGAAGUAGCGCAGCUCUGCAAUAAGUUUGUUAUGGUUUGUAGCUGCCAUGAAAGGAGUAAUACACCAGUCCGGCUACCUUCUUGGCCCAAAACACAGGCGCGACCCUUUUUUCUCCAUGGCCACCCUUCAAGAGUCUCCAAUCUUACACUGUUGCGAGUCGCAUGGAGAACUCCUCGACACUAUCUUCCCAUCAACCUACCUAGAUUUUCGAAUCUUCUCUCACUAACAGCCGCUGAUCCUUAUUACCUUGGACCGUUGGUAUCCGCCUACUCUGUUUUUGGCUUUAGCGUUUCUUUGGCUACUUACUUCCCACCACGAGCGCGUUCUGGCAUCGCUUCCCACAGAAAAGAUCCAAUAGUCAUUCUCAAAGAAGCUUUGGGCACAGCUGAACCGCCGCCAUGAACAGAAACGCGGAGGACAGGCUCUACUCGGGUACGCUUCGUCCGGUGGACGAUGGCGUGAAAGAUCUCGAGAACAAGAUCUCUGUCAAGAUCAAGGCUGCCAAGACCCCCGAAAAGAAGCAGGCUGUGAUGCCGCCCCGGCCGGCUUACGGCUCAAAGGGCAUCCCCGUUACGCUGUGGACCAACUACGUGGAGAUGACGUUUGGCAAAGGAAAGGAUCUCGUUCUGUACAAGUACAGCAUCGCCAUCUCGCCUUUGGAGUCGGGCAGAAAGCAACAGCGCAUCAUACAACUCUUUUUGGAAAAGUGGAAGCAAGACUUGGCCACCUUUGGUCAGAUUUACUCCGACUUCAAGUCUUUUCUCAUUUCAACCACCAAGCUUGACAUCGAUGAGCUCGACGUCAUCAAAAACAGUUCGCUAGACUUCAUCAAAGACGGACACACGGAGGCCCCCAAGAAUCCAAAUACAUACAGGGCCACGGUAGAGGCUCAGGGCGAGUUGAGCGUGCAGGGCUUUCUCAAGUACUUGUCGGAGGAGAAGGCUAUACCCACAUUCGCCAACAAGUUGGACAUGAUCCAGGCUCUCAACAUCUUCCUCAACCACUACAACAAGACCAACAAGUCUGUCGUGGCCGUCGGUGCCAAUAGGACAUUUAAUCUGAACCCCCAACGCCCACCGCCGGGCGGCCAGCAGCAGAACAGGGACAGAGGUGCUAGGGCGUCAGCUGAUGUGAUGGACCUUGGUGGAGGUCUCGAGGCGUUUCGCGGCUUCUUCAGCAGCAUCCGUCCGGCGACAGGUCGACUCCUCAUCAACAUCAACGUCACCAGUGCUGCUUUCUACAAGCAAGGCACGCUCGCCAACCUGAUCAAUUCUUUCGGCAAGCAUUCCUUGUUCAGUCUGGACAAGUUCCUCAAGCGUCUCCGGGUGGAACCCACUCACCUGGAAUCCAAGGCAAGUCGGCAGGGCGCAGGCAGCAGCAAGUCUUCUCGAAAGCGGUACAGAACAAUUUUUGGAUUGGCGCGUGAGGGUGACGGUGCUUCCAUGCCGCCCAACGAGCGACCCAAGAUUUCCAAGUUUGGUGCUGGUCCAGCUCAUGUUCAGUUUUGGCUGGCCAGGGAAGGUCAGAAGGGACGCUACAUUACCGUCAGCCAGUAUUUCCAACAAGCCUACGGUAUUACCCUCGAUUCAAGCUUCCCAGUGAUUAACGUCGGCAAUCGAGACAAACCAACCUACAUGCCUGUCGACAUCUGCGAGGUUUAUCCGGGACAAGUCGCACGAGAGAAGCUCACGCCGGCCCAGAUGGAGGAGAUGGUGGAGUUUGCUGCUCAGCGUCCCUGGUUCAACGCGGAGCAGAUUACAAGAUCAGGUCUGCUCUUGACUGGAGCCUCUAACUCUGUCAAUAACUGCUUGACGGAAAACAACAUCACUGUGGGCAAAGAGCUCAUCACUGUCCCAGGACGCGUCCUGCCCCAGCCCAAGCCUCAAUACCGCUUCGGAUCGGAGGUGAGCAUGGGUGCAGGAGGAUGGAACAUGAGGAACUGCAAGUUCAACGAGGUCGUGGGAGGCGGGACUUCUCGACCAUGGGGCUGCCUGACUUUGGAUGGACGAUAUCCGGCAAAUUCUCAGCACCUGGUAGCACAGCUCGAGGCAUUUCGCCUGCAUCUCAGCAAAGCCGGAAUAAACCUCGACCAAUGCAAGAUUCGAAGCUGCACCGUGGGCAGGAGCACCACGCAGGACUUUAGCGUUCUGGACGAAACGCUUGGUAUGCUCAAGCCGACCAAGACCAAGGAUGGAAUUCGGCGCCCAUUCGACUUUGUGCUAAUUAUCCUCCCCGACAAGGAUGUCUCCCGGUACAACAUGAUCAAAUAUCUGGGGGACGUUUGCUAUGGCGUGCCGACGGUGUGCGUAGCAAGUCGAACGUUUUUCCCAGCCAGAGGAGCGGAUCAGAUGUUUGGCAACCUGGGCCUCAAAAUCAACCUGAAGCUUGGCGGAGUCAAUCACAAGAUUGAGGAUUCUCUCCUCGGCAUCGUGGCACAAGGCAAGACCAUGAUUGUCGGCAUCGACGUCACUCACCCGCCCGCCGGUGCCACGGCAACCCCGAGCAUUGCGGCCAUGGUUGCAAGCAUUGACAGCAAUCUCGCCCAGUGGCCGGGCGAGAUUGGCAUUCAGUCGCAGGCUAGGAAGGAACAAGUCGACGCUCUGACAAGCAUGCUGCAGAGCAGACUCAGAAUCUGGAAAGCCAAGAACAAGGACGCUCUGCCCGAAAACAUCCUCGUGUACCGCGACGGCGUCUCUAAGGGUCAGUACGCCAUGGUCCAGGGGAUGGAGAUUCCGCUGCUCGAAAAGGCCUGCGAGCUCGAGUACAGGGGCCGCAAGAUGCCCAACAUGACGGUCGUGGUGGUCGGCAAGCGACAUCACACGCGCUUCUAUCCAACCUCGACGGGCCGUACCAACAUGGUCAAAAACAACGUCGCUCCUGGAACCGUCGUCGACCGCGGCAUCACCGAGGCGCACACGUGGGACUUUUUCCUGCAGUCGCACGAGGCCCUCAAGGGCACCGGCCGGCCCGCACACUACAUCGUCGUCAUGGACCAGAUCUUUCGCCCGGGUUUCGAGCGCGGCGAGCAGCUUCCGAUCCGCAGCGGGCCCCCGCAGGGCGGCAGAGGUGGUGGCCUCAAGCUACCCCUUGGCGCCAACAGGGGUGGUGGCAACAACAAGAGCGGUGGCGGUGGCAGGGGUGGUGGAGCCAGCACUGGUGGUGCGCAGCUCAACGAGGUAGACACGCUCGAGAUGUUGACGUACUCGCUGUGUAACGUGUUUGGACGCGCGACGCGGUCCGUCAGCUACGCGACGCCUGCCUACUUUGCCGACAUUCUGUGCGAGCGCGGCCGAUGCUGGCUGGCGGCGUUCCUGGAAGUCCGCCGGCCCAUGGACGAUGCAGAGACGGCAUCUGUGCUGAGCGCGGGUGAGAUUCGCAAGAUUGCGAACCCGCAGGCCAAAAAGGACGCCGAAAAGAAGCUGGCCGACGUGCAGCAACAGGGGAGGAAGGCCGCCAUGGAUGCUUGUCGGGUGCAUCCUGCACUAGCAGAUACUGUGUUUUACCUGUGAGGUAGGUGUCUUGGUCCCUCUGGGGGUUGCAUUUCAGUUUCUGUAUGGUGUUUGACAGUCAUUGACUGAGUCUCUGAUGGUAUAUGUACUCUUGUGAUUGUGGAAUCGGCUGUUGUUGUUUUUUUUUGGUGUUCUUCAUUCAUUUCCUUUGUGUAAAACGUUACCUACACAAGUUCUGCGUGAAGCAUUGUUCCAGACCGAUGUUGUUAUUGGGGGCAAUCAGAAACGCUUGCCCGUCCUGGUGAUGGAUUGUUAAUCAAGGUGUAAGAGACAAACAGCGAUUAGACAGGAACACUGAGAUAUUUUCCUCGCA